AUGAACGACAUCAGAUCAACAGAUUAUAGGCCAGAGUCCAAAGAGAAGGGUAAAGCUCGUGCAAUGGCUUCGGCCUCAGCUCGUACCUCUGGAAAGCUCUUAGGAAAGUUGGCAUCUGGUACUAUGGUCGAUGUACCGUUGGCUGCUGCGGAGGGAUUUUGUGUGCUUCCUGGUUUAUAUGGGGGAACUGUUCACGAACGUGAGAUGGUAAAAAACUGGAAGUCUGGAUUACUAGCCGGUGUUAAGACUUUUGGUAUUAGCAUGGCCGAAAGCGUUAUUGACCCGUUAUAUCAGCCCUAUAAGGGCGCUAGAGAUGGGGGUACUAUGGGUUUUGCUGGUGGAAUUUUCAGGGGAACAUUUGGCAUGCUUGCUAAGAUAGGUCAUGGUAUUAAGCGCAGCAUUCAGGCUACCUUCAGUGCAGGCACUCGAAAGAGUAUAAUAAUGUCGAUGCAUGAGGAGGGACAAGACCUAGUUCGUCAGUGGAGGGGGAAAUGUUUGCAAGAUGGGGCGGUUGUUGAGAAAUUUCAUCGUCUGGGUCAUGAAGAUGAUUCAGGAAACGAGAGUGACUAUGUAUAA